AUGACCGAGACAAGACUGCGCAGAAAGCGCCUCGCCGAAGACGACGAUGAAGACGAACACCAUAGCCCAAAUAAGAGAAACCGCGCAGGGUCGGCCGCCUUCAAAUGGCUCUGGGCGCCAUCCACACCACCAGACCCUUCAUCGCAUGGCCUGUGGACGUACUCGGAGACCGAGAGGCUAUUUCACAACCAAGCCGACCGCGACGUGCCGCGUUCGUUCUCACUACCGCCGGAACCUACAUUUAGACGCUCCAGACGCCGGGGUGCCAUCUCGGUGACGUCUUCAUCGCCAAGCGAACUUGAUCGCCACCUCGCCAUGCAACUGCAACAGCAAAUCGCCAUCAUACGCCUCAAAACGGCAUCAAUGGACGACGAGGACGAAGUCGAGCGGGCGCGACGUGAGCUCGAGGACGUUCAGAUCGACGCAACACUCCCGUCCAUCCUGGGCAUCUCGUUAGACUUUGACCGCAAGCUCAACCUCGGGUCCAGUGGUUCGCCAGAAGGUUCGGAGCAAAAAGGCAAGUCAUGA